GUGGCGAUGCGCAUCCAUGGCGAUGGGGGAUGCGGAGCGCAGCGCGGAGCCGGAGUGCGCGGCGCCGUCGCGGGGAGUCAGGAUCGCCCUGCGCCACGCCUUCCUCCCCUUCCUCUUCUUCCUCCUCCUCCUGUGCAAGGUGAAUGCGGCUUGCUUGCUUGCGCGCAGCAGCAGCGCAGUCCCUCCGCUCGCUCGACGUGCGACCCGCGGGACGAAGGGCCUUUGCUGACGGUGCUUGUAUCUCUCUCCUUCCCCGCCCCUCCCUUCCAGGUGCGCGGCCACGAGGAGCCCGAGUGCCGGCUGCCGUGCGAUUGCCCCGCCGAGCCGCCCGCUUGCGCCCCCGGCGUACCGACGUUGCUAGACGGCUGCUCUUGUUGCCCGACGUGCGCUCGGCAGCGCGGGGAGAGCUGCUCGCGGCUGAUGCCCUGCGAUGAGAGCAGCGCCCUCCACUGUUACCGGGACGCAGGGAGCGAGGCUGGCUUGGGGGUCUGCGUGGGUAAGUGGCAGGUUUUUGGGGUGGGGGACAGGUCCUCCUCCCGCCCUCGAUCUCUCUAUGUUCUUCCCCCACUGUUGUUGUUGUUGUUUAGUCGUUUAGUCGUGUCCGACUCUUCGUGACUCCAUGGACCAGAGCAUGCCAGGCACUCCUGUCUUCCACUGCCUCCCGCAGUUUGGUCAAACUCAUGCUGGUAGCUUCGAGAACACUGUCCAACCAUCUCGUCCUCUGUCGUCCCCUUCUCCUUGUGCCCUCCAUCUUUCCCAACAUCAGGGUCUUUUCCAGGGUGUCUUCUCUUCUCAUGAGGUGGCCAAAGUAUUGGAGCCUCAGCUUCAGGAUCUGGUCUUCCAGUGAGCACUCAGGUCUGAUUUCCUUCAGAAUGGAUAGGUUUGAUCUUCUUGCAGUCCAUGGGAUUCUCAAGAGUCUCCUCCAGCACCAUAAUUCAAAAGCAUCAAUUCUUCUGCGAUCAGCCUUCUUUAUGGUCCAGCUCUCACUUCCAUACAUCUCUACUUAAUUUCUAAAAUGAUGGUGUAGCGGCCUGGGGUUGGACUAGAUGACCAUGGGGUCCCUUCCAGCUCUACAGUUCUGAUUCUAGGACCAUUGGUGCUGUAUGGUCUUCCCUGACUGGCAGUGGCUCUCGGAUAGGGUUCUCUCCCAAAUCCUGCCUGGAGAUGGCAGGGAAUGAAACCUGGGCUUUCUGCCUUCCUCUGAUGGUAGAAGAUCAUAGAAUGGUAGAAUUAGAAGGGACCCCAAGAGUCAUCUAGUCCAACCCCCUGCAAUGAAGGAAUCUCAGCUAAAGCACCCAUGGCAGAUGGUCAUCCAACAUCUGCUUUUAUGAUGUGAUAAUCUUUAUUGUCAUUGUCCCAUACAGAACAACGAAAUUGGGAAAAAAAACUACAAUAGACAUUCAAAAACCAACAAGCCUGCUAUCCCAGCCUGGUUAACCCCCUAAAAACUCUGACACCCCAUAAUUAAAUACAAUAUACUCCCACAGAGACUACCUUAAAAACCAAAAUCGCAUUUGGAUAAAAACUGUUUCUCAGACGGCUAGUCCUAGUCUUUAUAACCCUGUAUCUUCUUCCAGAAGGCAGAAGCUGAAAGAGAUCAUUUCCGGGGUGUGCACUAUCCUGCACUAUCUAUGCAGCUUCCUUAUGGCACCUGGAAGCAUAGAUUUGAUCCAAGGUGGGAUCAGUCUUUACAACAAUGGACAGCAUUGUUUUUCCCCUGACCGUACAGCUCCCAAACCACACACAGAGACCAUAAGUUAAUACACUCUCAACAGUACAAUGUUAAAAUGCCAUCAACAGGUCCUUUGAGAGAUUGUUUUUCUGGAGGAUUCUCCAAGGAAGGAGAGUCCACAACCUUCCGUGGGAGACUGCCCCCUGUCUAACAUCUCUUACCUUCAGAAAGUUCUUCCUGAUGUUUAGUUGGAAUCUCCUUUCUUGUAAGUUGAAGCCCUCGAUUCAAAUCCUACCCUCUGGAGCAGGAGAAAAGAAGCUUGUUCCAUCUUCCAUGUGACAGCCCUUGAGAUCUUUGAAGAUGGAUGGAUCUCAUAUCUCCUCUCAUUAAUGAGGGAAGGUGUAUUUGUGUAACGAAUGGUGUGACCAGGUGCCAAAGGAGACAGGCGCUUAGUGGUGAACAAUUCAUAACGUUAACAGCAACACUUGGCAUUUGCAGAGUGCCUUGUUAGGGAGACCCAGAUUCAAAUCCUUGACCCCCUUUAGAAGUUCACCUGGUGAACUUGGGCUUACCUUACCUGCCUUGUAGAGUACUCAGGAGGAUGGAAUGGAUGGGGAGCAGUGGAGGCUGGUCUGAAAGUGGGGUGGGACUCUGCCCCACCAACCUCAGGCAACCCCCACUUUCCUGCCUCCCUACCAACAACCUGGCUGUCCACUUCCUCUUUAAUCUCAGUGUUGCCCUUGUAGAUCUCAGCAAAGAGGAGGCAGCUGGGGACAAAAGUAGAAUCAGCUGGUUCUGUCUGUCAUUUGCUCUGGCGCCACCUACUGUGGGCCUCCUUACCUGCCACCCUACCAGUCAUAAUGGGCACUGGUGAGGUCAUUGGUGCCACUCUGAGCUGCUUGGAGGAGCUGUAGAAUACGUGUAAUCUAUCUAUCUAUUCUUGCAGCAGCCGUCCUUAUGGUCAGAUGGGGGCUGGAGCUGAGCGUGGUUUGUGUACAACUACUUGGGAGGCUGGUGCAAGAACCUAUAUCUUUCUUCUUCUUAAAGUAGAACAACUUCCUGCUAAGGCUUCCUUUCCCCAUUUUGCCACACAGGGAUGGCUUGAUGGGUUUCGUUAAUACCACUUAAAAGCGUCCACAGCUGAGCUUUGUAUGAUAUGCCUUAACUGAGCAGGAUCUAGUCAGAUGUGGACAUCCCAGUGCAUAAUCUAGAUUCCUUCCCAGCUCCAAAUACUUGAUGACUUCACAACUCUGGAAUGUAUCUUGUGUUUGUAACAUGUAUUUGCUGCAUGUUUUGAGGAAUGUUGACCCAGUUUCCAGUCUGGAGAUCAAGAAUUUCAUGCAAAAACGCUUCAAUCUGCAACUGGAACUCUACUAACUAGGGAGGCACACAUGAGUCUAGUUAGCAGCCUUAACUUCAAAACUUGGCGUUCGCUGGGGAUGGAGGCAGAAGCAAUGGCACAACAGAGGGUGUAAAGGAUAAGGAGAUCCUGGGAAAAACAAGGAACUGAAAGGAAUAAAAAGGAGCAAUGGGGAAGGGAUUCUGAAUAACCACAGAUGAAAUAAUACAGAUAUUUGAAGGUAUUGGCCUGGUUCACAGAUAACACUAAACUGUGGCUUGUUUAACAAACCACAAGUAAACCAUGAGUUGUCCCACAGAUGAUCAGACAAACCAUGGAUCCCCACCCCCCAAAAAAGUUGGGCUUGCUUUCCAAGUGUACAUGCCUUUGUAUCUUGAUGAGCAACUGGAAUGGGGAGGCCAAACAAACCAAGGUUUCUAAGUCAAUAAUAACAAACCAUGGCUUCAGGACAUGGUUUACUUGCAGUAAGCAAGCUAUAUCCUGACAAACGUUCACAAAUAAUGCUAACUCAUAAUAUAAUGAACCCUGUUUUAGAGUUGUGUGAACCGGGCCAUAUUUUAGGGAUUUUAUUUCAUUUUUUUUUAAAAAACUAAACUAAACUGAUUGCAUACUUAAAAUCUGUACUGAACUCAAAUUAGGAGGGAAAUGCAGAUUUCUUGAUUUUGCAGAGCUGCUUCUGAGUUGGAUUGGUUUUCUUAUUUCAAAUGCUUUGGUAAAGAAAGUGUUAUACUACUUAGUGCAGGACAUUUAAUGGAAGGAACAGCAUCAGAAAACGACCUGGCUUGAAACCAUCUCUGGAACCAUUUGGUUACAUGACCAGUCUAAUUUUGGGAACACUUUGGUUGUGUUUGUUACCAAAGACAGAGAACAUGCUCAUAGGCGAUGGUUUGCUCUCAUGUUUUCAUGUUUGCAAGAGAUGAUGCAGAAUUUAGAAAAGAAAUCAAUCUCUUAGCUGUCUUGCUAUCUAAACAUGAGAAGGGAAUUGCAUUCCUUCCAGCUUGUAUGUGUUGCCCCACCCUGAGGAACAGGUACUGCCUGGCAGAAGACUUCUUGGAUAGGAAUAUUUGCCCUAAGGUUGCACAGAGGAGAGAAGGGAAGAAUGCUAUUCCAUCAGCUCUGCUGGGGAACCAGACGUCUUUAGAGAUUUUGUUCAGUGAUCGCCUCGCAGUAGCCAUUUCGUUGGGAUCCGGAAGUAGAACAGAAAGGAAGCAGGGCCACUACUGGAGAGCCAGUGUGGUGUAGUGGUUAAGAGUGGUGGACUCACAAUCUGGUGAACCAGGUUCGAUUCCCCGCUCCUCCACAUGCAGCUGCUGGGUGACCUUGGGCUAGUCACACUUCGUUGAAGUCUCUCAGUCCCACUCACCUCACAGAGUGUUUGUUGUGGGGGAGGAAUGGAAAGGAGAUUGUUAGCCGCUUUGAGACUCCUUUGGGUAGUGAUAAAGCGGGAUGUCAAAUCCAAACACUACUUCUUCUUUCCCUGAACAGUUUCCAACUUUGUCAUGAGAAUAUUUUUGUAAUUUUAAGGUUGGGUGUCUUGAGUUUGCUUCCCCCCCCUUCUCCCUCCUCAUUCGCUUUUCCUUUUGAUCACAAGUCCCUGAGGGCAGGGGCUGCUUUUUAAAAAAAUCAUCUGCAAGCCCUUGUAGCUAAAAAGAGGGGUGGAAAUAAUUUAUAUGUAAAUAAAUAGUACCCAUAAACCUGGCAGCUGGAGCUCCAGAGAGUGGCUUUAACAUCACACUUGUACCAGAAUCCCUUUGGUGCCCCCUCCCCAUCCAAGAGAUGUUUUGUAUCAAAUUCUAGGGGUCCUCAGACUUUUCUCUCUCUCAUACCUCUAGGAAAUUGCUGGAGGUCUUGGCAAACCAUUUAAUGAUUUUUCUGCCUGUUGUAGCAAUUGCAGUGCUCAUUGUUAGAUGUGAUAUUAUUUUUUAAAUCUCCUUUUAAUUGCUUUUUUAUUAUGUGCUAUAUUUCCUGCAUUACCAUAAUGAAAAAUAAAAUUAAAAUCAAUAUGAAUAUUUAAUACAACAGAUGCACGCACCAUCUCCUGUCUUCAGCCACAAAGCACGUAAAUGAAGCUCCAUGGACCACAAUUUGGGGAACCCCUAGUUUAUUCUGUUCUGUGCUGCUUGCGGGGUUUCCCAAACUUGGGUCUCCAGCUGUUUUUGGACUACAAUCCCAUCAUCCUUAGCUAGCAGGACCAGUGGUCAGGGAUGAUGGGAUCUGUAGUCCAAAAAACAGCUGGAGACUCCAUUUGGGAGAUUCUGAAGAUAAAAAGUGGCGUAUAAAUCAUACACACACACACACACACACACACACACACACACACACACACUGCAGCCCCUAUUAAGAUCUCAAAGAGCAAACUUUAAAACUCCCAAGAAUGCAAAUAAGAAUUUAUUCAUUUGAGCUAUAUCCCACCUUUCUUCCAAGGAAUUCAAGGUGGCAUACGUGGUUUUCCUAGUCUCCAUUUUAGACUAACCCUGCCUCACAGGUUCACUGUAAAAAUAAGACAGCAACUUGUCCAAGGUCACCCAAACUGCUUCACAUCUGAGUGGGGAUUUGAACCCUGGUCUCUCAGGUCUUAGUCUGGCAUUCUACCCACAUCACCACAUUGCACCCACAGCUGGAGAAGACCUAGGUCUGCCGUAGUUGACCUGCGAGCCUUCCAAACAAACUCUUUUCUGACUCUCUGUGUCACAGGGUUUGCUUUCAUAGCUAUAUGCAUGCUCUGGUGUGUGCUAGGUCUUCACGCAGCUGGAAUGUUUCCCUUCUUUGCUUCAGACCUCGAAGGAGACAACUGCGUGUUCGAUGGGAUUAUUUACCAGAGUGGCGAGACGUUCCAGCCGAGCUGCAAAUACCACUGUACUUGCCAAGAUGGGCAGAUCAGCUGCAUACCCCUCUGCAGCCUCGACUUGCUGCUUCCUGGACCCGACUGCCCCUUCCCAAGGAAAAUCGAGGUCCCCAAGGAGUGCUGUGAGCAGUGGUCAUGCGACCCCAAAGCAGAUGUGGACGUUGGAGGAUUUGCAAUGGCAGGUGAGCCAUCUGGGAGUUCGAAAGCUAGUUCUUCUGGGUUCUUUUGCAAUGGCCUAACUUAACAGAAGGGAUGCGGGUGGUGCUGUGGUCUAAACCACUGAGGCUCUUGGGCUUGCCGAUCAGAAGGUCGGUGGUUCGAAUCCCCACGACGGGGUGAGCUCCCGUUGCUCAGUCCCAGCUCCUGUCAACCUAGCAGUUUGAAAGCACGCCCAAAAGUGCAAGUAGAUAAAUAGGUACCACUCUGGCGGGAAGGUAAACGGCGUUUCUGUGUGCUCAUCUGGUUUUGGUGUUCCGUUGUGCCAGAAGUGGCUUAGUCAUGCUAGCCACAUGACCCGGAAAAACUGUCUGUGGACAAACGCCGGCUCCCUCGGCCUGUAAAGCGAGAUGAGCGCUGCAACCCCAGAGUUGUCUGCGACUGGACUUAACUGUCAGGAGUCCUUUACCUUUUUAACUUAGAAGAGUUUGGAUUUGAUACCCCGCCUUUCACUCCCUUUUAAGGAGUCUCAAAGCGGCUAACAUUCUCCUUUCCCUUCCUCCCCCACAACAAACACUCUGUGAGGUGAGUGGGGCUGAGAGACUUCAAAGAAGUGUGACUGGCCCAAGGUCACCCAGCAGCUGCAUGUGGAGGAGUGGAGAAGCGAACCCGGUUCCCCAGAUUACGAGACUACCGCUCUUAACCACUACACCACACUGGCUCUCUGGUUCAUCUGGUUCAACUUAACAGAAGGUGUUUUCUUUGAAAUGUUUCUUUCCUAGUUUUCCAAAAUCAACUCAAAGGGCAGCCGAUGAACCAGGAUGUCACAUCAAUCUUAAAUAUACUAACCCCCCAUUCCAAACCCACCCAUGAAGUAGAAAACCAAUUAAAAGAUGAAAACCACAAUACUGCAAUAACAAUGACAAUGGUAAUAAUAAAUUUCUUGUAUCCCGCCCAUCUGACUGGGUUGCUCCAGCUACCAUCGGGAGAAAAGUUAUCAGAACAAACCAGAAAAAUAAUCUGCUGCAGGCAGUUUUGAAACAGCUGCAUCUUUCCCAUCUGCCUAAAACAGUACAAUGUUGGGGCCCGGUGCCUGGCAAGGCAUCCCACAUCAAUUGGGCCACUCUUACGCUUGCUAUUACAGUGCUCCCCACCUUGGAGAAAUUCGAGCCUUAUCCCCCCCUGGUGUUCUGCUUAAUAAUAAUUUAAUAAUAAUAAUUUCAUUAUUUAUAUCCCGCCCAGCUGGCUGGGUUUCCCCAGCCACUCUGGGCGGCUUGCAGAAUGUAUAAAAAAAUAAUAAAGCAACAGACAUUAAAAGCUUCCCGAUACAGGGCUGCCUUCAGAUGUCUUCUAAAAGUCAGAUAGUUGUUUAUUUCCUUGACAUCUGAUAGGAGGACGUUCCACAGGGCAGGAGCCACUACUAAGAAGGCCCUCUGCCUGGUUCCCUGUAACUUCGCUUCUUGCAGUGAGGGAACUAGCAGAAUAUCCUCAGAGGAGGACCUCAGUGUCCAGGCUGAACAAUGGGGGUGGAGAUGCUCCUUCAGGCAUACAGGGCCACGGCCAUUUAGGGCUUUCAAGGUCAGCACCAACACUUUGAAUUGUGCUCAGAAACGCACUGGGAGCCAGUGAAGAUCCUUUAGGACCGGUGUUAAAUGGUGUUACAUGGAGGAGUCAAUUUAGGUGAGCAUUCGGUUUUCCCCAUCUGUAAUUCGAAGUGGCACUGUCGAUUCUACCACUUCACUCUGCUGCUUAUGCAGAUAACAGGUUCUGUUCUCUUGCCCCAUGGAUUAAGGUACCUUAUAACUUAGUAAACAUCCUCCUGUGCUUUCAGAAGUCGGUCUGGGAGGCUAUGGUGUUUUUGGACACCACGCUACGUACAGGAGAAUGAGGAAACAUACUUUUAUAUUGGUUUCAGAGGAGCAAAAAAGCUUUACACAAAACUUUCUCAGACUCCUUAAGGAGGCCAUAAGUCCAAAUGUGUCUUUUUAAAAGCCUUAUGGCAUCAUAGCCUUCUCAAGGUCACUUCUCACGGUUGUCACAUCCAGUUGGUUUCCUAUCUCUUGAUUCCCCUGCCCAUAAAACCUUAGUAAUGUUUACAUUUUUUACAGCUUAAAGAGCAUGCCAUGAUGUCAGUGGGACAGUGUAAUAAACCCUCUGGAAGUCCUUUCUCAUCAUUGGGCAAGAGUUUGCCUAUAUAAGUGUGCGUGGGUUUUAAAAAUUGGCAAGUAAUAAUUUUAUUUAGUGGAAUUACUUUAUGGCCCUAGACAUAAAGAAAUCAAGUUCUAUUACGUUUGGACAAACCAUAAACAAGCAUAGCUGAAAUCCCAUGAUGGAAGUUUACACAGCAGAUAUGGCUGGCUAAGCUGAAAGGUGAGCAUCAUGCGUAGUUGCCCUGACAAAAACAGAUGCAGAAGGUGGAGAUAACUGUUUAUUUUAUUCCUACCUUUUCCUCCAAGGAGCUGAAAUGCCUGGGCCUUUUCUCCCCACCUCCGACGCACACUCUCCCCUUGCACCAACCCAUAGCUGUCAACUUUUCCCUUUUCUUGCAAGGAAUCCUAUUCGGUAUAAGGGAAUUUCCCUUUAAAAAAGGGAAACAUUGACAGCUAUGCGCCAACCUUGUGAUGCGGGUUAAGCUGAGAGGUGUACCUCCACUCCUCCAUGGUGGACCUACAUUUGGGGGGCCUUGAAGCCUGAGCUGUUAUGGGGUCCACCUUCACAACCAGCAAUGAUCUGGGUUAACCACUGUUAUCACCUUCAAUGCGGUUGUUUCACGACAGAUCGUCUGCCACAAUUUUUCCGGGAGUUUAUGUUUUCGGUGUCCACACAAGUACUUCCCUAAACUCCUUGUUAUUCUUCUUGAUCUCUGUUUAAAAGGCAGGGGAAUGACAUUAGUCAGCCUACUGCAACACUUUACACAAUCUGUGCUACUGACUCAAACUCCGGGAUUGUUGAAAUAUACACAACAAGAAGAUAAUCAGUUUAAGUCACGUGACUCAAAUUGGGUCUACUAGACCCUUUUUUUUUUAAAGCAACAUGGACCAGAGUUGCAUCUUGGGCCGCUCCAGAUUAGGGCCUUAAAGCAUAAGCUUCAUUAGUUUUGUAGUAAAUCACGUGUGGCCCAUUGUGUAAAUAAUGUAUAUAAAGCAGACAUUUCGGGGGAAAUUCCAUUCCUCAGUACUAUGAGCUAAAUAAAUAGCAUGAAAUCCACACUCGACUCCGAGUAUAUUUCACCACUAUUAAUGUAAAUAAUUAAUAACACUGGUCAACAACAAAUUUGUUGUCUGUGUUUUUUCAGUUGAUUUAGGACGAAUCUGAUGUGCUGAAUCCAAAAAUCACAUUGGUUUUGCUCAAUCAGGUCAAGUUUUUGAGCUAUGGCCACAUGUAGUUUUUUUACGUUUUUGUUCACAUGUACGCUUGUGUGGAGCAUUUUAGGCGAAGUUGGUGGAGGUAAAAUGCCAUGUCGAAUAAUUGUUUUGCUUGGAAAUGAUUAUUUUAAUGACAAGAAGUAUUCAGGUCUGAUAGUUCUGGGUGAUUAUGUUGAAAAGGGAUCAGUUUGAAGUCAUAAAACCUCGAAAUCUUCCAUAAAUUGGUGCGGCAAAGCAUAAAGUUAUUUUGGUAUUAAACUUGGUGACCAGGAUAAAGCUUGGGCGCCACACAUGGUGUGCAAGGCAUGCACCGAGACUCUACGUGGGUGGACCAAUGGCAAGAGGAGUCUGAACUUUGGAAUUCCCAUGGUUUGGAGCAGUGGCGUAGCGUGGGGGGUGCAGGGGGGGCCGGCCGCACCGGGCGCAACAUCUGGGGGGGCGCGCUCGCACUCGCAGCUCUCUGCCCCUACCUGGCUCAUUCACUCUCUCUCACUGCAGUGCUGGCUGUGCGAAUCCGAACCGAGCCGCUGGGUCGCCGCCCACUGUGGAGGGGGUGGGUGCCAGGCGUGCGGUGCGGAGAGAGAGCGAGGGACUAUCUGGGGGAGGGACAGUGCAGCGGCCGCCCAGCGCAGCGCUGAGCGCGGGAGAGAACCACACCAGACCAGACCAGGCAGCAGCAAGAAGAAGCUGGCAGCGGCGGCAGGUUGGGGUUAGGGGGCGCAAAUUACUUGCCUUGCCCCGGGUGCUGACAACCCACGCUACGCCGCUGGUUUGGAGGGAGCCGACAAACCAUGUCACUGACUGCUACUUCUGCGCUGUUGAUGUGACUGGGAUCAACAGAAAGAACCAGAGCAGCCUCAAGUAUCCUGAUCUUCAAUCAGCACGUUGUCCUGUAGCUCAUUGUGAUGAAAUUCCAGUGCCUAUCUUCGGAGAACUUCCUGACAUUAGUGACGAAGAUGCCUCCAGUGUUGAAGGACAUGAAGAAGAAGAAGUGGUUCUUGAAGAUGAUGCUCCACAUCCAUUUUCCCAAAAGGAGUUGAAUGAUCUAGUUCGCGACUUCAGCUUGUCAAAGGACUCUGCCAAACUGUUGGCAUCCAGAUUGAAGGAAAAAAACCUCCUCUCUGACAGUGCUCGCAUCAGCUUCUUCCGCAACAGGCAUCAAGAGUACCUCCGUUUUUUCUCGGAAGAGAAGGACUUGGUGUACUGUGCAGAUUUCGCGCAGCUUCUGCUCAAGCUUGGAGUGCCACAGUACGAACCCAAAGAUUGGAGACUUUUUAUUGACAGCAGCAAGCGACCCCUGAAAUGUGUUCUGCUACACAACGGCAACCAGUUUGCCUCUAUACCCCUGGCUCACUCGACUACACUGAAGGAGAACUAUGAAGCGGUGAAGUAUGUGCUGGAGAAAAUUGGUUAUGAUCAGCAUAAGUGGUUUAUUUGUGUUGACCUGAAGAUGGUGAACUUUUUGUUGGGACAACAGUCUGGCUUCACCAAGUACCCAUGUUUUCUGUGCAUGUGGGAUAGUAGGGACCGUGCUCAGCAUUACACGAAGAAGGACUGGCCUGUGCGGGAGGAAUUGGUGCCUUGCAAAGAAAGGAACGUCAUCAACGACCCUCUGGUGGACAGAGACAGAAUACUCUUCCCACCGCUGCACAUCAAGCUCGGCUUAAUCAAGCAGUUCACCAAGGCUCUGGACAAGGAUGGUGACUGCUUCACUUACUUGUGCCAGGCUUUUCCAGGAUUGACCAUGGAGAAGUUGAAAGCUGGCAUCUUUGACGGUCCUCAGAUCUGUCAGCUCAUCAGAGAUCCAGAGUUCGGAAACUCAAUGAACAAAGUGGAACUGGAAGCGUGGAAGGCAUUUGUUCUGGUAGUGAAGAACUUUCUUGGCAACAAUAAGGCCAGAAACUACGCAGAACUUGUCAACAACAUGCUGACUGCUUUCAGAAACCUGGGCUGCAACAUGAGCGUCAAGAUGCACUACCUAUUUUCACAUAUGGACCGGUUUCCUGAGAACCUGGGUUCAAUGAGUGACGAGCGGGGGAGAGAUUCCAUCAGGACAUGAAAGAGAUGGAGACCAGGUAUCAGGGUCGCUGGGACGCAGUCAUGAUGGCUGACUACUGUUGGACUCUGAAGAGAGACCUCCCUGCCGCUGAGCAUUCCAGGAGUUCCAAGAAACGGAAGUUCAAGCCCUGAAGUUUGAAAAAUGGUGAAGCAACAUGCAAUUUACGUGUACUUACCUUUAUCAAUGCCCACCAUUAAGUUUACAGUAAUCAAUGUUUCUAUCAGGUGAUCAAUAUAUGUUGUUGGAAAAACAUUUUUUCCUCUUAAAAACAUAUUUAGGAUGAUAUGUGUUGACAAAAAUCAGCUGAUAAUGCCACAAAAAUGUAAUCGAUUUUGUCACAAGAUCUGAUUUUUUUCAAAUCAACAUAGCACCAAAACCUGACCUGAUGGAGAGAAACAGAUGCCAUUUCCUGAUUCAGCAGGGCAAAAAUACCCUAAAUCAAUUGUAGAAAUCUAGACAACAUUCAAAAAGUAAAAAAUUGUUGCCCAGUGUAAUAUUCAAUUUAUUUCCUGCCCUUCACCAUGGAGGAGGAAGCCAAUUCCCUGAAGCCUGACAGUAACCCAGGUUUGUUUGUUUUUUUAACCACCACCUGCCCUUUAGCAUACAGACAAGAAGCCACCCUUGGGAUCGACGCAUCCGAUUCGAGUUCCAACUGCAUUGAGCAGACGACAGAGUGGAGUGCGUGCUCCACGAGCUGCGGAAUGGGCUUCUCCACUCGGGUCACCAACAAGAACGCAGCGUGCGAGAUGGUGAAGCAGACCAGGCUCUGUGAGGUGCGGCCUUGCGAAAGCGCUCGCCUGCCAGAUAAGGUACGGAUCAGACUCUCGCUGCGUGCAGCCAGCCUGCUGCAUGGUCCUUUUGCACUAGCUACUUCUCCCAGAAGGCAAGCACCAUAAAACACUGGCUUUGGAGGGAAGAAAGGUGGGCAUCCUUUCCUGAGACCCUUAGUGAUAUCAUUAUUAUUAUUUAUUAAAUUUAUAUACCACCUUUCACCCGAGCUUCAAGCAUCAUUUCUGCUUCAAGCUGCACCAUUGUAGCCUUACUAAUUUCAGUCUAGAAAGCAGGAGCACAACACUCCUGUCUCAAAAGGAGCUGUCUGCUGCCUUUCUCAAAAACGAGGCCUUUCCUCCCAAGGUGUUGCUAGUGGCAGAUCUGUUCAAAGUCGAUUUUGCCUGCCUCUUCUCCCCCCACAGCCAAUCAAGCAGGGGCAUUCAGUGAAAUAAGUACUUUUUUUUUUGUGCUUCUAAUGCUCAUUGCAUGCCUAGAGCAAGGCGAUCCUUGAUUUUACCUCACUGCUGUUGGUAGUCUAAUAAUAAUAAUAAUAAUAAUAAUAAUAAUAAUAAUAAUAAUAUUUAUACCCUGCUCAUCUGGCUAGGUUUCCCCAGCCACUCUGGGCGGCUCCCGACAGAAUAUUUAAAACACAAUAAAACAUCAAACAUUAAAAACUUCCCUAAACAGGGCUGCCUUCACAUGUCUCCUAAAAGUCAGAUACAGUGGUACCUCUAGAUGCGAACGGAAUCCGUUCUGGAGCCCCGUUCGCAUCUAAAAGCAAAUGUAACCCAUGUCUGCGCGUGCGUGGGUCACGUAUCGGUGCUUCUGCGCAUGCGCAAGUGGCAAAACCCAGAAGUAGCACGCUCCGUUACUUCCGGGUUGCCGCGGAGCGCAACUUGAACACGCUCAUCCUGAAGCACAUUCAACCCGAGGAAUGACUGUAGUUGUUUAUUUUCUUGACAUCUGAUGGGAGGGAGUUCCACAGGGCGGGCACCACUACCGAGAAGGCCCUCUGCCUGGUUCCCUGUAACCUUGCCUGGAACCGCCAGAAGGCCCUUGGAGGUGGACCUCAGUGUCCGGGGUGAACAAUGGGGGUGGAGACGCUGCUUCACUCCCUCAAAGCUUCUUUCAGACAUGGCGGUGCUAGGUCACUAUUCACUUUUGCAUGUCUGUUGUGUCAUGUCUUCUUCUCCCUAUUAGAAGGGGAAGAGGUGCAUCCGCACCAAGAAGUCUCCGACACCUGUCCACUUGAAGUACGACAACUGCACCAGCAUCCACCUGUAUAAACCCCGUUAUUGUGGCAUCUGCAGUGACGGACGCUGUUGCACCCCCCGGGCCACGAAAACCAUCCACGUGGAUUUCCGCUGUCCUGAAGGCAACAUCAUCAGGCACCCUGUGAUGUCCGUCACGAACUGUGUUUGCCAUGGCAACUGUCCUCAGGAUAACAACACUUUCUAUAGAAAGCUCCGCCGAGCGGGCUGAUUGAAAACACAAAACUGAUGACGAUUUCCAAAAGGGGGGGAAUAUUUAAUAUGUUAAAAGUUCCUUAAAAGCGAAGCGUGGAAAUCGGCAGCGAACAAUAUUACCCUGCUGGGUGUCUCUUUUUUCUUUUGGGAAAGGAAAAGUACUUUUAAGAUGCAAUGCGAUUUCCAUCUGGUUCCGUAAAUGACCCAGUUCAGUUCCUGUGGAGUUCCCUGAAAUCUUUCUUCAAGCAUUGCCACCCCAUUGUAAUAUUAGUCCCUGGGGGAGAAAUGUAACAGCUCAACAUGGGUUUCUUUUAUUAGUAUAAGGGUUUCUUAGAACCUCUGCAAGCACUAAAACUUCUUGUUCCUCAGCUUGAUGUAUUUGCUUGCCUGUGGUCAUGUUUCUACGUUCUUCUUGCUGAACAAACUGUUUGCAAAAUUCAUGGGCCAAGAUGCUUGGAUGAGCACUGGCCUUAUUGUCGCCCCGGUAACUGCAGCCAGGAGUUGAGCACAGCGUGUUUCUUGCAGAGUGAUGGGCCAAGGAUCUUAAUGCUGAAACAAAACCCAAGUUAGGCACGUGAGUCCUUCUGCAGCCAGUUUUUAAGGAGGAACGUAUUUUUUGCCAAUCACAGUUGCAGCAGGCGAAAACAUGCUUUCCUAUUAUUAUUUCUUCUUCCUUGCAAAGCACUUGCCCCUUGAACCAGCUCAUCCUUUUUCUGCUCCAGCUGCAGCUGAUGCACGCACAAACUUUCUCUCUCCCUCCUCCCAGCAAUGGCGGAGGAACCCUCUCCAGCACCCGGGGUGGGGCAGCCCAUGUGUGCAUGUGUGGCAUCCCGUACAGAGUGUGCAUGCGCGGUGGCCGCACGGGCUGCCACUCAUGCUCCAUGGCUGUAUGGGCUGGCGCUUGCACAGUGUCCAUAUGGGCUGCCGCUUGCACAGCGACCGGAGUGCACAUGUGCAGCAGCUCGUACGUACUGCGCAUGUGUGGCAUCCUAUACAUACUGCGCAUGUGUGGUGAUCAUACAGGAUGCCGCACAUGCGCACUCCGUACGGGCUGCCUCUUGCAUGGCGUCCGUACAGGCUGUCGCACAAAUGGCAUCCCGUACGGACUGCACAUGUGUGGCAGCCCAUAUGGAGUCCCAUGUGCAGGAGCCUGUAUGGACAGCACGCAAGCAGCGCCUAUACGGACUGUGUGUGCCAUCGGCCGCUCUACAGCUGGUGGAAGGCAGGGGCCAUCUUGUCACCCCCUGAGUGGCACCCAAGGUGGCCCAUCCCCUCCGCCCCCCACUUCGUACGUCCCUGCCUCCCAGGAGUGGCCAGGAGUGGGAGAUUCUGGACCACGGAUGUCAGGGCCGGCCCGCACAUGAGGUAAGGUGAGGCGACUGCUUCAGGCAGCAGGGUUCACAGAGGAAAUCCCAAUGCCAAUCUCCGCUCCCCUCCUCAUUCCUGAUGUAGAUCUUCACUGACCCCUUCUUCCCUAGUGAGGAGCAGGGUGCCAUUUUGGGGGGUUGCCUCAGGUGCCAAAAUGUCACAAGCAGGCCCUGACUGCUGUUAUGCCACUUCACGGUUAGACUAGCACUGGGUACUUGUAUUCAAAGGAAGAUUAGUGUCUCUUUUUCUUUCUCCUGUUGGUCUCAACUUAUGAACUGGUUCCUGCGGGGGUUUCAGAGUGUCCUGACGAAAGAAAAAGCUUCUAAUACUUAAAAAGUAGAUUGCAACAGGACAGAAGUUGUAACUGAAAUGUGUGCUGGGCUAGUUAGCUAGCUGAAAUCGAAUUGUGUGGAGGUAAAGGUGAUGUUAGGAGCUAAUUCACAUGAGCAUCCAAAGGUUGGUCUACUUAUGAAGCACGUACAUUGUGGAGCCCCAGUACAGAAUAUUUCAACGGGCCUCUGGAUGGCAAAUGGCCCAUUUUUGUACAGUUCCCCACUUUAAGUUUAGACUGGACUGUUUGCGUCCUGCUCUGAAGGAUGUGGACUGACCCGCUUGCUAGGUGAGAAAGCAAACCUUGUAAAUCUCCUGGUCCACCUUUCAUAAAAAAAAGUAGUUCCACGUUUUAUGGAAACAGCAAUGCAAACAUAAGUGUAUGCCAUACAAUCUAAGCCUUCCGUAAAUGUUCAAACAAUACUGAAGCUAUAAACGUAUGAUUAGGAGAGUGCUGUGACGCAUCCGUAAGUCUGUCUGCUGUUAUUCAGCUCAAAAGAUGCUCAGUGGUUCAAGUGCAGUCUUUUAAAUCGGGGUGUAGCAGCUGAGCUGGCUUUGCGCUCCCUGCCAAACCAUCACAGACCCCAUUACUUGCUUGGGCUCAAUUGAGGAGGGGCAAAUUUUUAAAGAGGGAGGGGGAAUGUUUUAACACAGCUGAUGGAACUGAAGUCGCUGGUGAGCUGUUUUGUAAAGGGGUUGGGAGAAAGAGUGUGUUUUUAGAUAUAUAUAUUAAUGUCAUUUUCAAUAAAUAGAACAAUAAAUUUACA